AGUUGAAAAGCACAGAAAAGAAAGAAAAAAGAUAUAUACAUCACAUACAUACAUAUAUAUAUAUACAUAUACACUUUGAACAAAGUAAAAGUAAACUUUUCUUGAGAACCCGGAUGAAAACACGAAAUUUAUUAUGAUGUUUGUGAAACCAUGAUAACGGAUCUUUCCACUAAAUUAAGUAUACAUUAUCGAAUAAUGUUAAAUAUGAUAUCAAAUCCUAUUUAGGUAUACAGUUUUAUGUUUUAAGACGACGAAGAGACGGGAAGAAGUAAGAAUGUUUUGGGUAAAACUUGUAAAUUAACAAAAUUAAGUCAUCAGAUUAUUUCCUCACGUUAAUUGUCAUUAUUUUCGAUCUUUCUUCAUAAAUCUAUCUGUUAAGUUUUCACUUUAUAACAAGAUAUAGUUUAUAGGAAAAAAUAAUUAUCCUAAGUAUAAAUACUUGGUGUACGUUUCUCUCUAAAUUCUCUCCCUUAUUUCUUACCGCUACCUAAAUUAAAUUUUCGAAUUAAAACUUCUCAUGUUAUAAAUUAUAACUUCGAUAUUCAGUUCUAAGUUUUGCCUCCUUUCCUCAUUUAAAGUCAGUUAAUUGCAAAAUAAUUAUAUCUGCUAACCUUCAUAUAUGUUAUAUCUAUUUUUAGUUCGCUUGUUAAAAACGUUAAUUAGUCACAUUGUAAAUAAAAAUGUAUUAGGCGUCAGAACUUUCGAAUUAAUUUUGUUACUUUUAUUAAUAGUGUCUAAGUAGAUUUUGUUUAGUUGUUCUUUAAAAUAUAAAAAUGGACAAAUUUUAUUUAUAAAUACUUUAUUAGAGUACAAAAAAAAUUAUUUUUUGUGCAUAAUCGUUGACAUUAAAUUAGUUUAACUUGCUUUGCAUAUGAAAAUUUUGUCUGACACUCCGAGAAAUUUAUUAAAAUAAUGAAUAAUUAAGUGACUAACGUUUUAAAUGAAAGAAUUCUAUUAGAAUGGUGUUAAAUCCGUAUUGAAAGUCAGGCUGGUCUUGACCUUCCAACUACAUACCCAAUGCCGGGUGGGUACAUAUAACACCCCAUUCUCCUUAUUUCUCUCUCUCUAUCUAGCUGUCCCCCCCCUCUCUCUCUCUUACACGUUCCCUGGACAGCUUCCGACGUGAACUGGCGAGAUUUCGCGAGAGACUUAACAUUUUUUUGAGUUUGCUGCCAUGGCGGAUGAUAAUAAGGCAACUGCCUGUGCAAGAAGGAACCAACAAUUGAAACGUUGGGCGGACUCUGAUACAAAUAGGGAAUCGAUUGGCGUUCGAGACCGACCUAAAAGAGUUAAUUUUCAGGAUGGUUGUGUCUUUUUAGCAGCAUGUUCUAGUGGAGAUAAAGACGAAGUGAUAAAACUGUUGGCUCGAGGAGCAGAUAUUAACACCGCCAAUGUGGAUGGGCUUACCGCUCUACACCAGGCAUGUAUUGAUGACAAAAUUGACAUGGUGAAGUUUCUUGUUGAAAAUGGUGCUGAUGUUGAUGUCUGUGAUAAUGAAGGCUGGACACCUCUUCAUGCUACAGCUUCUUGUGGCUUUACUGACAUAGCACAAUAUCUUAUCAGCACCAGUGCCAAUAUAGCUGCUGUUAACAAUGAUGGCGAUCUUCCUCUUGAUAUAUGUGAAGAAAACAAAAUGGAAAAGUUGCUUCUAGAAGAAAUGAAUCGCCAAGGUGUGGAUGCUGAAGCAGCACGACGAGAAGAGGAAGAAAUGAUGCUUUCUGAUGCUAACCAAUGGUUAAAUUCCAAUUGUGUGACAGAGCGGCCUCAUGCAAAAACAGGUGCUGUUGCUCUUCAUGUAGCAGCAGCAAAGGGCUAUAUCAAAGUUAUGCAUUUAUUAAUCCAAGCAAAAGCUAAUGUAAACAUCAAAGACUCAGAUGGUUGGACUCCUCUUCAUGCAGCAGCUCACUGGGGCCAGGAAAAAGCUUGCAAAAUAUUAGCUGACAAUUUCUGUGAUAUGGACUCAAAAAACAAUGCAGGGCAAACUGCCUUUGAUGUUGCUGAUACUGAACUUCUUUCUUUACUUGAAGAACUCAAAAAGAAACAAGCUAUGCUUCGAGAUAAAACACCUGUACACAAAGAUAUUAUUGUUGCUAAAGGAAUUCAUCCGAAACGAAGGACAUCUGUUACACGAAUGAGUGUAGAUCAAAAGCACAAUGUUGUCCUACAAACAUUAGAACAAGAAAAAGCACAACGUGAGAACUACAGAAAAGAUGAGGAAGCCAAAAAGAGUAGUUCAAGUUCAACAAAUGAUGACUCCAGUUCCGAGUCAGAGACAGAACGUCAGAAUGAAAUUAACAAGAACACAUCCAUCCCCCACACGGAGGAAGAUAAUGCAGCUCUAGCUUCUGACACAACAAAUUCUCAGACUGAAUUCUUAUAUGAUGAUGUAUUUGAAGAAAAUGUCUCUGAGACAAAUCCUGACUCUGAGUAUAUUAAUGAUAAUGUCACAUUCACUCUACCUACCGAUGAAACAGAGGUUCAUUUUGAUGAAAUGGAUGUGCCUUCUUCACCAAGUGGUACACAACCUUCCCUGGCAAGCACUCCCUCUGUCAUUGGAUCCCAAAGCAAGACCUCCACAGUCCAAUCCACGAAACCAGAAUUACGUAAAUUUGGCAGUACUAGUAUGGUUCCUAAUGAGACUAGUGAACAUGAUGCUGAUGUUUUUCCUCGCUCAGUUUCUACUCCUCGACUUGCAUGUGAUGAUUCUAUUAAUAAGCCAGACUCCCAGCAAACUCCAAGCAGUGUCUCAUCAGGAAAUGUCUCUGCUGAGUUUACAGUGACUGCACUUCCAGAACCGCCAACAGAUGACAGAUUAUCCAGCCGCUCGUCCAGCUAUAGCCGGUUCUCUAGUCCCUAUAGCUUCUUUACCAGACAUUAUGUGCCUUACUAUCACAGACUCGAAGAAAAACGUGCUGAAAAGCAGAAGAACUCCACUGUAGCCACAACAGCAACCAUAACGACACCCAUUUCAACUACUGCACCAAGCAUCAGCAGAAGUUCCCUGGUAAUAGGAGAUAGUGUCGGUGUUAAGGAAAAUGCUGAAUCAACUGAUGCUGAUACAAAAGUGACAUCAUCGCUGCCUUCUCCUAGCAUUACUGUAACUAUUGCUAGCACGACUCCUACAAGCACCCAAGCUAAUACUUCAACAACCUCAACUUCAGUUUCAAUUUCCACACCUACUACAACUACAACAUCAAGCAUCACAACGGAUAUAUCAAGACCAUCAUCGACAACAACUAAAAGAACGUUCGAACCUCCAAAACGAGAUGAGGAGACUGAAACUCAGAGAAAAGCUCGAGCUAGGAAGGCCAGGGAGACCCGUCGUUCAACACAGGGUAUCUCAACAGAAGAUAUUGCUAAGGCAAAGGCUCUGAAACAAACCGGAACUGAAGAAAAAGAGAACAAAGAAAAAGAACAAGAAUGUGAUAAGGACUCAGACAAAAAUGAUCUUGCUAAGGACCGAUUAUCAAGUGAGAUCAGUAAGGAUGGCUUACUAGACACAACUGUUACAAGUGAUGAAGUGAACUUGAGAAGUCAUCGAACAUUGGAAGAACGGAGCCAUAGCAACCAAGCGCCAUAUCGAAGACCAAGGGAGUCAGAAUUAUCAACCAGCAGCACACCUAAUAUAUAUUCAAUAGAUUCAUAUUCUCAUGGUCAGCAUAACCAAAGAAAUGUUCUACUAAGUGUAUCUGAUAUUAGUAACACAGGAAAUUCUACUGUUGGUUUCAACAGAACAUCUUCAUUUCGAAACCGAUUUCGAAAUGAAGAGUCAGAAAAGAAGAAAGAAGAAGAAACAAAAGACCCAAGUAAAGAAACGAAAGCUGAGAAAGAAAAGGAUUCAGAGAGAAGAGAAACGUCCGCCUUGAAAGCCCGCCGAGCCAAGCGGGAAAGAAGAUCAACAGGAGUUAUUAAUUACAAUCUAAAGAGUGAUGAGGAGUCCAAUUCUGUAUCAAAGGAAGAGAAUGAAAGUGAUGACAGCACAAGCCUUAACAGUCGAAUAAACAGUGGUACUAGUAGCCGGUGCGUGUCAACAUCCGACAUCCCUCCGUCCAUCACAGACCGCCACAGUCGCUCCGAUCGACCAAGUUCUUAUGCUGGUUUGAGUAAAUCAACACCUUCAUUAGAAAUGGAUUACAAAAAACUUUAUGAAAAUGAAAAAGAUGACACAAAUAGGUUAAAGAAAGAGCUUGAACAAAGCAAACGAGAACUUUCGACGAUGAAAUUAGAACUGGAAAGGUUUCGAAGAUUACAUGAAGGUAGUUCAAUUGAGUCAAACCAACAGAAAAGGGAAAAACGGGCUUUGGAGAGGAAAUUGUCUGAACUUGAGUCUGCAAUGGUCCAACAUGAAAAGUUAAAAGUGGAGAACGCAAAAGUUAAGGAAGAAAAUCGAGCUCUGGCUCGGGUCAUCUCCAAACUCUCCAGAUAGGAAAUGGACAACUUGCGAUCUAUAAAUGCACGACUGAAAGAAGAGAAUGGAGCUUUAAUAAGAGUGGUCAGCAAACUCUCCAAGUAGUCAGAACUGCUUUAUUAUUACAUUUUAUACACAUACACACACAUAUUACUUAUGCCUCUUCUCGUUCUUGUUCUCCUCCCACUUCUUUGUUUACUUACUACUUACUCCUCCCAUUACUUUAAUUCAUCUUUUUUUUCUUUUCAUUACUCCAUCAUUAUCAUCAUCAUCAUCAUGCUCAUUAUCAUCACCAUGUACAUCAUAGCCAGGUUCCCCAACUCCACACAGUUAUGUCAAAAUUUAAACUUUCUGCUUACACUGGAAGUUCAGUUGAAAUCUGAUUCUGUUCUUGUCUUCCAAACUACAGUUCUUGCAUAUAACCGCCAUGCCAACCUUUUUGCAGCUGCUUGGCUCUUGUUGAGUACCUAUUUGCAUGCCAGCAUACACAACUAUGUAGAUAUAAGUAAUGGUUAAAGAUCAACUUAAACUAUAGUUUUGAAGGUGAUGUUUGUCUAGCUUAUAUUGAGGAAUGAGUCCUUUUCAUAUCUCCUGAAAGCUGCCUCCAAAAUUGUAAACCAUUUUAUAUAACCUUAUACUGUUUCUAUUAUACAUUUGACACCUGUUUUUUCUUGCUUCUCUCUCUCUCUCUCUCUGUCCCUCCCCUCUCUCCUUUUUCUCUUUUCUUUUUAUUUUCCUUAUAUUCUGUUAAUUUUAGUGUCGAGUAAAUGUAGUGUGUUGUUUCACACAGGCAGAAAUAAUAAUUGAUGAAGGAGCUAUGAACUGUCCAUUUACUCUAUUCCAGUCUAUAUUCUUUAUGCUGUCUUUUUGUUUUUCCUAUUAAUAAUUGUCUUAUUUUUGAUUUUUUUAAAAAUUUGUUUUAAUACUUUUAUCAUCUAUAUUUUAUUCAUCACCAUAACACUUGUUGGUUAUUAUUACUGUUAUUAUUCCACUCCAUUCCUCAUAUUGAUUCUUCUGUUGUGAAAGGUGGGACCUACUGCCUGUGCAAUAUGAAGAGGUAGAGGUAUAAAGUUUUAGGCCAUCUUCUAUAAUGUCCAUCAUGAUGUAAAUAUAGCUUGCUAUCAUUCUUGGACAUGCUAUUAAUUUUUGUUUCCGAAACUUCUUCAUUUGAUUCUUGAUUAUGUCCAUAUAAUUCAUAUAAUUGUAAAUUGCCUGCAGUGAAUUAUUUUAUCAAACCCAACAUCCCAAAAUAAAGAGCAUAGAUUUUCAUAUCUGA